AUGGAAUUCCAGUUGAACUAUUCCAAACCCUGAAAGAUGAUGCUGUGAAAAUGGUGUGUCCCAUUAUCAGGCAAAGAGAAGAAAAAGAUCAUAAGAGAACUUCUUCAAACCGUUUUACCGUGGAAACCUAAAAUGUGCAGCUUUCUUGAGUGGCGAGAUCUGAAGGUUGUUUACAAAAGAUAUGCCAGUCUGUAUUUUUGCUGUGCUAUUGAGGAUCAGGACAAUGAACUAAUUACCCUGGAAAUAGUUCAUCGCUAUGUGGAAUUAGUUGACAAGUAUUUUGGCAGUGUGUGUGAAUCUGAUACCAUUUUUAAUUUUGAGAAGGCUUAUUUUGUUUUGGAUGAGUUUCUUUUGGGAGGAGAAGUUCAGGAAAUACCCAAGAAUGUCCUUAAAGCAAUUGAGCAGGUUGAUCUACUGCAGGAGGAAGCUGAAACCCCACAUAGUGUUCUUGAAGAAAUUGGACUGACAUAACUCCCCUCCCCUGUUGAUGACUUCUUGUGGCACUUCACACACUGUAGAUGGUCACUGCCUUCAUGCCCAUGUUAGCUAAUGGUGUAAG